GCGUUCCUCCCCGCGGGUGGGGGACCGCGGCAUCCGGGUCACCACGACGUCGUCCUCGCGGGAUCCCGUCGUCAGCAUGUGGGCGCAGGUGCAGCUGUCCAGCGCCCCCGGCGGCGAUGCUGCCAACGGCGACGGCUCUGCGGCGACCGACGCCUGCAGCAAGGAGUCACCCGCGCCCAGCUCGCGCUCCAAGCACGCCAUGUGCAUCUCGCAGGACGGCUGCUUCUACCUGCUCGCCGGUCGCUCGGCAAACCUGCCGCUCAAGGACCUCUGGAGGUUCGACCCGGUGCAAAGUCGCUGGGAGGAAGUUCGUUGCCGAGGAAGCCGACCUCCUUGUCUGCAAGAGCACACCGUCGUCUCCUGGAAGGGCAAGUUGUACGUGUUCGGCGGUGAAGUUGGCUUCGCGUCGACUGGCGAAACGCCGCUCUGGAUAUUCGACACAGGUAGCAGCACGUGGCGGAAGCAGUCGGGGGGCGGCGAGCGCCAGCGCCCCAGCGGCCGCAGGGGCCACACGAGCGUGGUGUACAACGGCGCCAUGCACGUGUUCGGCGGAUACCAGGACCUGCGGGGAUCUUCGUCCCAGCUGUGGGCCUUCCGAUUCGACACUGAGCAAUGGGAGUUGACUUGCGGCGAAGGCGGCGUUGGCGACCACCCCCCGGCGAGACACAACCACUCGUGCGUGGUGCACCAGGGCGCCAUGUGGAUUUACGGCGGACUGACGGAUCUCCACGAACGGGCCGACUUCUGGUCUUACCACUUCGACACGGGUCGCUGGAGCCGGAUACGACAACCGAAAGGCGCUCCUGCCGAGCUACAUGGUCACGCUGCGGUGCAAGCCCACGGCUUCAUGUACCUCUUCGGCGGAGAGCGGGCGGGCGCUGCCAACAACGAUCUGUGGAGGUUCCACUUCGCGAGCGAGACGUGGGAGAAGGUCGCGGUGGAAGGCACCGUGCCCACACCCCGGUGUCGUCACGUGGCCCUGGUCAACCCGGGACUGGCCACGUGGGCCGACCGCGUGUGCGCUGCCAAGGAGGACGAGGAAUGUGUCGGCGGCACGGCGCUGCACCGGCCUCGUUGGCACGGCAGGGCCGCCUCGUUGCGCUUCAAGGUGCACCCGGUGUCCAGGCUGUGCAGCAAGAACACGGGCUCGCAGGACGACGACGAGGACGACGACGUCGGCUGCGCGUACGGUGGAUGCGGCGCCCAGGUCAAUCUGAGGUCCCUGAAGGAGAAGCUGUCCAGCAGCCGGCUGGUGCGCAGCAUCUCCAGCGGCAACUACUCCGUGAGCGGCGCCGCACGGCGAGACGAGACCGAGAAACUGCUCGAAGGGGCGGACCCGGCGUCCGGCGUGCCCACGCCGCAGGCCAUUCAGAAGUCGGCGAGCACCGACGCCGUCCUCGAGGCCUCCGACAGCAGCGGCGAGUCGACGCCCCAGCAGCGCAAGCGACCGCUGAGCGUGCGAGUUCGGCCCCUGUCCGAGAUUCUGCCGCGCAACAGGGACUGCUCGGUGCCCGUGCCGCCCGGAAUGCUGAGUCCACCGCCGCAGGGCGGCAGGUCCCGACGCAUCACCAGUUCGCAGAGCUUGAACACCUUCAACGUGUCUUCCUCGGCGGCGGCGGUGCCUGCCCGUUCCGGCGCCAGCUGCUGCUGCACGCCCACCGCCACCACCGGAGGUGCCAGUGACCAGCAGCACACGCCGUGCGAGAACGCCACCGACCCGCGCGCGGACCUGCUCAUCGACCUCGACCACAGCAACGUCAGGUACCGCGUGGGCGGACCUCGACGCUCCACGAGCAGCUACACGUGGUUCUCGGACGCGAGCAGCUCCGGUGCUCCGGCCAGCUCGCCUCUGCAGCUGUCGCACAGCGCGUCCCACUGCUCGGGCUACUACUCGUUCGCCGAGGACGACCCGGAGCUGCAGCGAGACAUCAUGCACUUUCUCACGGGACACGGACCCCGGUCGCGGCCCUCGUCGCUCAACUCCGCCACGGCCGCCGCCAUCGAGCUGAGCACGUUCAGCGCAGCAGCCCAGCCGGGAAUACAGGUGGUGAAGGAGCGUGCGCGCUCCUGGGACCGCGUAUCCCAGCGAACUCCCACCGUGUGCAGCCAGACGGCCGUGGUGGUGUCCAAGCGGGCGCCCAUCCAGGCCAUCAAGGAGGAGAGCUGCCAGAGCACGCCUGUGCGCCUUCGCAGUGCCACCGGCCGAUCUGGACACGGCAGCCCGCCCGGGGGACGCACCGAGCUGCACCAGUGGCGCCUCUGCUUUUACGUGUUUGGAGGCCGAGAGCAGGGCGCACCGGGGCUCUAUCGACAACCCAUCUCCAUCUGGAAGCUCUACGUCUGAAGAAGCCGCAUUAGCCCUAAACGCAGUGCUGCACUUCUUGUCCCAUACGCCUCGCAACGUCCGUCGACCACUGAGAAGCAAGAAGCAGCUGCGGGCCCCCUUCUGCCCGCAAUAAAGGGACCCAGCCUUCUGCAGUGGACAUUGCCUUGCCGACUAUAAAAACGAAACCGUGAAAAGAGCUACGCUCUUUGAUUACUGUCGCAGUGCAGGCAAUGAAGAAUGGCCGCGAUGACGUGGGAAAUCGGUGAAUUCUGCGCUAAUGUUAUGUUGCAGUCUAUUGGUGGGUGUUUUGCUGUCGGCACCCUUUCUUGAAUGUGCUGCAUUCACAGACUGAAACGUGACUUUUUUUUACGACUUCUAUGAGCAGUUACUCAUGAUGAGCAGGUCAUGUCGCUGUAGAUCUGGUUGCUAAAAGCCAAUGCUGGCUCUGACGUAGAUUUCGAGUCAAAAUUAUGCCGAUUGUUACACCGAGACAUUGUAAAAGAAAGCACGUGCAUUACAUUGCCCUGAAUUUUUGCAUUUCAAUCCAUGGAUGACGUAAACGUGUGGGUCUGCGGUUGACCUCGGGGUCUUGUCUUUACAGUGCAUUUCUAUUCUACUGGUGUAAUGCCGGUAGCAAGCACAGCACGUCCAGAUCUUAGAAGAGCAUUAUCGGUACAGAGCUCUGGCGUCGAUUCAGUGUCCCAGUUGUGCGUUUUUAUUUAUUUGGUGAGGUCACGAAUAAGCCUAUGCAACUUUAUGUUGCUCUUUUCAUUGUAUCGCUCAUUUUAGGAGAAGCGGCAUAAAUUUCUGUGCAAAAUGUCAGGUAACUCGUCAAGCUUGAGUAGGACUACUGGUCAAGCUUGCGUCGGACCAUUCAAUGUUGCACAAAUAGGGGAAUGGCAGCUACUCUAUUUCCCGCUCUUCUUUUUUUUUUUUUGAUUAUUGUUAAGCAUAUAAUGUAUCAGAGCUGAAAAAUUGACUGUUUUCAAAUUUACUCGCAAAAAAGAGAAAGCCGAAAUUUUUAGUCUUUCUAGUACAUGAAACGAUUUGCUCUAUUGGAUGUUUUGGUGAAGUAUGUAGCUUAGAAAAAUUUGAUUUCACCAGACAUUGAGGGCGUGUAGACUAGGCACUAGGAAAGUGUGCUAAACUAUUUAAAUGUCUUAGACACGUGGCAGUAAUUUCACUUGCAUGCUCUGCUUCAUCAUUAAGCUAUUCACUGACUCUGCCCGUUUUCACCAAUUGCUGAUGCUCCGUCACUUUAAAUAUAAUUAUGCAAAAAUAAUAUUUCUUGCUGCAUGCGACGUCUGUUUAAUGUGAUGAGCUCACAGAAGGUGUGAUGUAGUUGGGCGACUUUGUCUUCCAAGUCUCUCAUCCUAUUGUCUCUCCUCAUUAUUUGUUUUGCCUCUGCACUUCGAAACCGUGAAAUUGCACCUUUUUCUGAAUGCACAAUCUACAUGACUGAGUUUCUGUGCCAUUUCUGAGAUCACAGGUACUGUUUUGUUAGAAGCUUUUCUCAGUUGUUGUCAUGUUGUAGGCUUCACUUUUUUAUAAGAAUGCCUCAUGGCUGUACCCUUCCUUAGUCACAGUGUAGCAACCUUCAAAAAAAAAGCUAUCCAGAUAAAUGGCUUAACAAUGAAUUGAUAGCCAAAUUUUUUUGCUUUACUAUGGCAAUCACCAUGAGAUGCAUGCUGUGAAACACUAUCUUGUCUUCAAUACUAUAUUCGUCACCUUUCUGAAGCUGGACCGUUUCAUUCGAUUUUGCAUGCUGAUAUGAACUCCUGCUAAUACAUUAAAUGAUUGCAACGACCUCAUUCAUACAAAUGUCCAAGCUAAACUCCACUCAUUAUGUUAUCCCAAAACGAAAAACAAAUUGUCAUUCUGGAAAUAUUGAUCUCAGUUCUUGUUUCGACGAACAUUUUUUCUCGCUUGUUUCUAUUGUUGUGGUGUUAUAAUCAACCCUAUGAUGAUGAUGUGUCGAAUCUCAACAGCCGAGUCGUCGACAUCGUGAAGGUGUGGCAUUUGUCGUGAGAAGCUUUCACAUGAUGUGCAAUAUAGAACUAUAGGUACAACGAACUCAAAGGAGCCUUCUUUGAAAGGGAAAGAGGUUGUAUUGUGUUUAGCCUGCAAUUUCGAAUUGCCCUUGAAGUACAAUACCUUGUUCCUACUCAAUGAAUUGGCAUUACACUGGUCCCCGUUUUCAGUUUGCCGCAGAACUGGCACUCUUCUCUGCAUGUGUCAGAUCUGUCGUUGAUGACUCACUGAAUUGUCCAUUCAACUGUAGUCUCCAAGGCUCUUGGCGUGGGUGUAUCAGUGUAUGCUUUAAAGUGUGAAAAAAAAAAUUCUUUUUUCAGAACCAAUCCCUCAGAUAUGCCCUCGCGGGUUACCGUGCCGUUGCUAUUGACACGGGCUCCUUUUUUGGUGUGCAUGCUUGUACUUUAUUCGGCUUUUUCUCGUAGAAUCGAAGCAAAAGUCCAAGUGUAUUUAUGUGAAAUGGCAAGGUUGACACUUGUCUCAGCUUUUGCUGUCCAAAAAAAAAGAAAUGGUAUUUUUUAUUAUGUCACACUGAUGAGUGCAUUGGACCAUGAUAUACAAAAAUUCUCACAUAUUUAAAUUCAGGAAAUGUUUAUUUCUAAAAGGUUUUUAUAAUUUUUUAUAUUUCUAUUUUGCUUGUAUUAUGUUAUUGUGCAUUUUGUAUGACUCCUCCUUUUUGGACAACACAGUGACCUGCGAGACAACUAAAUUCUUAGUUGGAGCCAGCAAUAUACAGUACGUCUUCGAGGAUCUUAUUGUCUGUUAUGAGUGUCCAUCUGAAAUUGUGCGAGAAAGAAAGAUGCAGUCAUCUUAAAUCUCUGUUACUCUUCAUUGAAAGUUUCUUUAUCAUUUGGAGAUUUAAGAACAGGGUUAUUUAUUUGGAUCUGCACUGGAUGUAUCAUACUAUGACAUUUUUUUCAAAUCUAAUAGAAUUUGAGCCAUCUGUCCAACUCCAAAUGUGAGGCCUGUUCAGGUUGAGAACACUGUUUAAAAAAUGUCCUGUUGAUUCCUCUUGCUAAACAGCCCAUUAAUUUUUAAUCUGAUUACACAACAGUAAAUGUGUGCCGGUAAAAGAAGAUAAAGUAUGUGCGCAAAAA